AUGGCUGUCCAGAGCCUCAUCGGCUCUUCCAACUGGGCUCAGCUUGGCGCUCUCGCCUUUGCCGUCUGCCUCGUCUACGCCCUUGUCCUGGCAGUCCAGCGGCUCUACCUCAGCCCCAUCGCCCAUGUGCCGGGCCCCAAGCUGGCCGCCCUGACCCAGUUCUACGAGUUCUACUAUGACAUUGUGCUGGGAGGCCAGUACUCGUUCAAGCUGCUCAGGCUCCACGAAGAGUACGGGGAUGUGAUCCGCAUCAACCCGUGGGAAGUUCACGUACUCGACCCCGACUUUCACGCCGACCUCUACGGAGGGGCCUCUCGGCCGCGAAACAAGUGGGGGUUCUAUGCCAAGCAGUUUGGCUCUCCUCACAGCUCGCUUGCCACCCUCGGCCACUACCAUCACAAGCUGCGACGCAGUGCCUUGAAUCCUUUCUUCUCGACACAGAGCGUCCGAAACCUCCAGCCAGUCUUGGAAGAGCGCGUGAAUGCUCUUAGCGAUGCCCUCGUCAAGUACGCAACCACCCGCAAAGGGGAGCCCUUGAAUAUCAUGUAUCCCUUUUCGGCCUUUUCCAAUGACGUCAUCAACGAAUACGCGUUUGCGAGAUGCGAUCACCUCAUCGAGAAGCCGGAUUUUGGCGCCGAGGUGACUGACAACUUGCUCAUGGGAACGCACAUGGGGAUGCUCGUCAAACACAUGAAUUGGGCCCUUACUCUUGUCAACAGCCUACCCGAGUCCUUCUCGGGCCGCUUACCCCCUGCAGGCUGGGGAGGGUUCCUCAAGAUGAAGAACGACAUCCUGGAUCAAAUCCGGGACAUCAAGGCAUCCGAAAACACGGACAAGUGGCAGCUCGACGCUAGCCACCCGACAAUCUUUCACGAAAUGCUCACCUCGAAACAGCUUCCGCCCGAGGAAAAGACACCGCAGCGACUAGCGCAAGAGGGUCAGAUCCUUGUCCAGGGCGGGACCCUGACGUCGGCGUGGACCCUGACCAUGGCGGCCUUUCACCUCCUGCACCGACCGUCGACGCUGCGCAAUCUGCGGGACGAGCUGUUUGCCGCCCUCCCAGACCCCAACGAGGUCGUUUCUCUAGCCAAGCUGGAGAAUCUUCCGUAUCUGCGGGCCGUGGUCAAGGAAGCCUUUCGACACAAUAUUGGAACCAGUGGCAGACUCCCGAGGAUCGCGCCGGACGAGACAUUGGUGUGCAAAGAUCGAAAGUCUGGAAAGCUGUGGAGGCUUCCGCCGGGGACCGUAGUGAGCAUGAGCCCCUUCCACACCGUCAUGAACGAGAGCGAGUUCCCCGAUGCGCUGGGCUUCCACCCGGAGCGCUGGCUCGGGGUCAAGGACGGCGAGGGACUCGACAGGCGUCUGCACAUUUUCGGAGGCGGCACGCGCAUUUGCCUGGGCAUGGCCCUCGCACAGGCAGAGCUGUACCUGUUACUGGCGAAGCUAUUUCGCCGGUGGGGGAGUGGUGGCACCGUCGGGGCCAACGAGGACGGCGAUCGGCGGCCGGGAGACGUUGGCGUCUUGAAGAUUUACCACAGCACGCCGAAGGACUGCCAGAUGGCGGCCGACUACUUUGUGCCCAUUCCGUACAAGGGCAGCAAGGGGCUCCGAUUCGUGCUCGAAGCCAGCUGA